CUGAUUUGCUCUCCUCUGCUGCCCUCUCCAACAGCAUUCUCACAUUCUCAUUCAUGCAAGCGCGGAGUGUUGCAGGUGCCGUAUCAUAUCGUGUCGUGCUGGGCCGUGAAACUUGAUCCCCGCGGACUACGCGAAUUCAGAAGCAUCGAUAAAUUGACGCUGCGCAUUUGGGAUGCCUUCAAAGACCUGCACCUGCAGUUUGACUCUUUAUUUUGCGCUGUCAUCCAGUGGAAACAGCUAGAAGUUCUGACAUAGAAGUGCCAGGCAUGAAGCGGUUACACUCUGAAGCAGGGGCGGGUGCCAGUGGGGGAGCCAGUCCAUCGCUGGGACUAACUCCAGGCUCAGGAGCACCGAUGCUGCUGUAUUCCUGGGGUCUAGGGCCCAAUGGAGAGCUGGGCCUCACGCAAGGCAAAGAUGGGGUUGACACUGAGACACCAGUGAGUCGGCCGGAGCGAGUGAGGCGUUUUGGCACCCGGGCGGUGCGAGAAGUUGCUUGUGGCCAUAAGCACACCCUUGUUUUGCUGGCCAACGGGUCUGUCUACAGCUGUGGUGCUAAUGACUUUGGCCAACUAGGACAGGAUCGCUCGAUGCGCAAGCUGGAACAAGUGGCUGCCCUUUCAGCACAUGAAAUCCGAGCAGUAGCAUGUGGAGAGGCACACUCACUGGCUCUAAGUGAUGCUGGUCAAGUGUUUUCAUGGGGCUGCAACCGCAAUGGGCAGCUGGGCUGUGGAACUGAGGAGGAGAGUCGAUUGCGACCCAAGGUGAUCAAGAAGCUGGCUACCUUGCACAUUGUGCAGAUUGCAUGUGGUGCAGUGCACUGCCUUGCCUUGGCUAACAAUGGUGAGCUGUUCAGCUGGGGUGGAAAUGCCUCUGGCCAGCUUGGCCUUGGCAGGGACUCGACAGGAAGCGAGCGACUGCCACGUCGAGUGUCCCACCUGGUAGGUGUGCCUCUUGCCCAAGUGGCCUGUGGGGCAACGCACAGUGUUGGCCUGACACCAUCAGGCACGGUCUUCGUUUGGGGACGCAACAGUUGCGGCCAGCUCGGUUUGAGUGACCAGAGGGAUCGGCUGCAUCCAACCGUGCUCAAGACUCUUCGCUCCCAGAGAAUCAAGCAUAUUUGUUGUGGAGAGAAUCACACUGCUGCCCUUACUGCGGAUGGAGGGGUCUUCACAUUUGGAGCAGGCACCUACGGGCAACUUGGUCAUGGAGUGAAAGUUAACGAGGCAGUACCACGGCGAGUUGUGGAACUUAUGGGCACUGCUGUCUCCCAGCUUUCGUGUGGCCGGUGUCACACUGUGGCUUAUGCUCCCCAAUCGGGAAAACUGUACAUCUUUGGCCUGGGCAUGAGUGGCCAGUUGGGAAAUGGGACGCUGGAAUCAUCAGCUUUGCCUGUGACUGUUCCUGGAUUAUGGCAUAGUGUGGCACAUCCAUCUCAAGUAAACAGGUCUCCUAGUCCUCGUCCUCAAAUUUCGCAAACUGCUACUGAGGCCAUACCUGUGGAAGACUCGUGGCCUAUAAACCACGCUGAUGAGGUGUCUGGCGAUGACCAGGGUGCACUUGCCCCACCUUCUGCAACCCGUGAUGAGAGGCUGACCCCUGACGAUGUUAUAGCAGCCGACCUGGCCGUCUUGGAUACAUCGGAUGCCGAUGACACAGAGUCCUCUCAGAGCAAUGGUGUGUCUACAGCAGACCCUGAUUCACCACUGGUGGUCUACAGGGUAAUUGCAGGAUGGGAUCGCAAUUUCCUUCUUUGCCAUGAAUUCAAGGCAGAUGCUCCUCGUCCUGUGGAUCAGCGUUUCCACCAAAAGGAGACUCAGAUCUUGAGCUUGGACAAUGACAUUCUUGAACAGCUGCCCUUUCUUGCAGCAACAGAACAGGUACCCCAAGAAUUACUUGCCUAUUUGGAGACUGUUUUCACUUCCUGCGCCUGCCUUAAUGCAUCGUACUUGAAAGAGGAUGAUGGGCACUUCAACUGCAGUGAGCUUAACCCUGGUGUGGACUUGGAGGCAGCACGCCAUGGCUUCCAAUGUAUUCAGGAUGCCAAAAACCCUUCUGUAGCAGAAGUGGUGGGCGCAUCCCUUGAGGAGAUGGUCAAGGGCCUGGCUGCUGGCCCUUCGGACAUAGAGGCAAUGCGUGUCCUGCUGCUGCUGCCACUGUGCCACCUUUUUAGAGACCUUAAUCACUACCUUGAGACACUUGUGGGCAAAUACUGCUUGUGUGUCUCCCGCCUUAGCACACGUGCUUCUGAGGUCUUAAAUAAAUGGUGGUCCCUCUUCACCGAAGCCCAGUUUGAAGACCUGCUGACGAUAUUUAAGGAAUGUGUGGUUUAUAUUCUUGCCCAUCAAAUGCAGACAAAGAAGAACCAUGGACACCUCAAACUUGCCCUGGACAUCCUGGCCAAGCUCAACACAGUCAACAAAGAGUGUGGUGGCUUGGUUUCAUAUGAACACUUCUACAUACCCGAAGUCACAGAUAAGGUGGAUGUCCAACUAGACUAUAUUCAGUGGAUUCAGGGCAGCAAUGAAGAUAGGAGCAAUAAGGUGUACUUCUGUCACUACCCUUUUGUGUUCAACGCUCAAGCCAAGACACUCAUCCUGCAGACAGACUCUCAUAUCCAGAUGCAGCAAGCAAUGGAGUCAGCCUGCCAGCAGACUAUUGCCAGCAUGAUUUUGCCUGUGGUGCCACCUUCUAAUCCAUACCUGGUGUUGUAUGUUGGACGAGAAAAUAUAGUUAAUGAUACCCUUAACCAGCUUGCUGACCAGUCUGCUGCAGACCUCAAGAAGCCUCUAAAGGUUCAAUUUCAUGGAGAAGAUGCAGUGGAUGCUGGAGGUGUUAAAAAGGAGUUCUUUCUCCUUCUGCUGAAAGAGAUCUUGGACCCAAAGUAUGGAAUGUUCACAGAGUACCCUGAAUCCCGGUGUAUAUGGUUCAACACUCAGAGUUUUGAAGAAGAUGUCAUGUACUACCUGAUUGGCAUCGUCUGUGGUCUGGCCAUAUACAACUUCACCAUCAUUGCUCUGCCAUUCCCACUGGUGCUCUACAAGAAGCUUCUCAAGCAGAAACCAACAUUGAAGGAUUUGCAAGACCUCUCCCCUACGUUAGCCAAGGGCCUGCAAAACCUGUUGGACUAUGCUGGAGAUGACCUGGAAAACACAUUUUUUCUGACAUUUGAGGUAUCGGUAGAGCACUAUGGCCACACACUUAGUCAUGAGCUCAAGAAAGGUGGCAGCCAUAUUAAGGUCACGAAAGAAAAUAGGCAGGAGUAUGUGGAUCUCUAUGUCGACUUUGUCCUCAACACGUCAGUCAAACACUGCUUUGAGGCGUUUUCUCAAGGCUUCUACAAAGUCUGUAGCAGUAAAGUCCUGGACUUGUUUCACGCUCAGGAAUUGAUGGUCUUGGUAGUUGGCAGUGAAAACUACAACUGGAAUGAACUUGAAAAGAAUGCGGAAUACAAAGAUGAAUUUCACAAGAAUCAUCCAACUGUGAGAAUGUUCUGGCGAGUCUUUCAUAGCCUUGACUAUGAAGAGAAGAAGAAGUUCCUGCUGUUCUUGACAGGAUCAGACAGAAUUCCCAUCCUUGGAAUGAGCGAGAUCAAGGUUGUCUUGCAACCAAUGAAGGUGGAUGACAGUCACCUACCUGUGGCCCACACAUGCUUCAACUUACUUGAUCUUCCGAUGUAUUCAAGCGAAGCGGUAAUGCGGGAAAAACUGCGGCUAGCCAUCCAGAAUACCCAGGGCUUUGGUCUUGUAUAGCCUUCUUGUCUGUUUUGUAGAUGAGUGGGCAGUGCUUACAUGGAACAGUUGAGGCAUGCAUGAGCGUUUUUUUUUUUUCAGUUUCAUUCAUUGGGCAAAGCGUGAAUAAAACAGAUAUUGAAGACACCUUAAUUCAGGUUAGCAGCAGUGAUAGGAGCACUCGGUAUGUUUAGCUUCAGCACAGAGAGCAUCAUAGGCCACAGCAGCCGAUGAAAGAAAGCACUAAGUUGCAGGAACACUAUCUUGCUGUUGAGUCCAGUGCAGCUUAGCAUACUUGAUUUUAAAAUUUAGCCUUAUCAUGUUGCCAUAAAAGUGCACUUAUCAUUGUAUUAAAAUAUAGAAGGCAUGACGCAUUGCUUGGAAAAUACUGAAUUUAGUAAUAUUUUUUAAUACAACUUCCCAAGUUAUUCCAAAUAUUUUUCGUCGCUCACAGUUAGGGACAUUAGCAUGAGCAGAUCAAUUUAUUAGUAUUGAUGCAAGCGUAUGUGCACAUACUUUUGCAUUGAGCUACCCACAGGCAUGAAAGCCCCGAGCUGUUUUGUUGCAUGAUAAGAAGUUGCAAAUGCUGGUGUUGUUAAUAAUGCACAGGAAAAAAAGCCCAAAGAGCUUGACUUUAUACACCUGGUCUUAAGGGCAUAUAGUCUACUCUGCUGUGAUUGGCUUGCAAACAAGUUGUUUAUGUCGCAUUAUUUUUAUUUGCUAUGCUGUUAUUAUGGCCAUGCAGCAUCCAUUUUAAUUCAUUUGGAUAUGCAUGAUUAACUGUGCUGUUUUUCUGAUGUUUUAAGCCUGCACCAUGAGCCACGUGUUUUGUCAAAUUGUUGCGAUUGAUCAAAAUCUGAAAACAAGGACAACCUUUAGCUUGAGUCUGUUCUAGAGUGGCUUUUUGCAGGUGUGUUGCACAAGUGGCAUGUUUUUGCAUAACUUUGUUGUUUUUGGUGCAAGGUUUGGAAAAUAAAGAUGACUUUUU